UCAUUUUCAUAAGUAAAUUUGCCGAAAAGUUGGUUAGACUUCUUGAUGCUGUUUCUCUUUUACACUAAUAAUUUUCUCGAUAGAUCUGUCUUUUUCUUAAAGGGGGAUCAGUGUUGAACGUGAAAUACUGAGUCCGUCUUUAGUUAUUCGAAUGCUAGUUGAGCCUGUGAACUAUAAAUUGAAUAACCUACUAGAGAGAAAUGUGGUCAAUUUUCCAGUCUAUGAUUGUGUGGUGUUUGUAUAAUAGGACUCGUUGACAAGUAUUUUCAUUGUCUGUAAACCUGUCUAUUGUUUAACAAUUGAUGUGAGGUUAUGAUAAGAAAAUUAAUUUAAGUCACAUCCCGUGUCCAAUGUUUACUAUUAGAUCAUUUUUUGGAACUAUUAGAGAUCAUGAAAAUUCAUUCAUAUAUCAGAUAUGACAUUAAAUGGUUUUAGCAAUCAAAAAUUAAAAUGAUUGGUACAGCCUGUAGUUUAGAAGAUGCUUGUCAGCAGGCUCAGGAUAUGAUAAAUCAAGUUUCCAAAUGUUGGAAAAAUGUUCAAGGACAAAAUUCUGUAAGUUUAACAUGUGAUAAAUCAUCUAUUCAAAAAAAAGAACAGAGUCAUUCUAAACAUAGCAUUCAGUCAAAAUUGACUAGAUUAUAUUUUGAAGAACUUACUAAAGUUCCUCAUGCAACUCCUGACUCUGUGUUGAAUAAUUUAGAAAAUGAAUGUGAUCUUUUGGGAAGAUUGGUGCAAAGAGAAAGUUUACAUACAUUAAUUGUUAAUCUCUAUGCUGGUAAUAAAGGAUACUCACUAGCUGUAAGAAAUAGUGAUAAGGGGAAUCAGUAUGAUAAAAAUUCAAUAUUAGCUGAAACACAAUUGAUGGGUUACGAACAGGGUGAAUUGCUUUCAUGUAUAGAUAAUGGUCAAUUGCCUGCAAUGUUGGCUGAACAACUAGAAACCAAUCAUUCUCAUUUAUUUUAUGAUGGCUGUAUAAUAGCUGAAGUUCGAGAUUAUCGAAAAGCAUUUCCUCACACUAAAGCUGAAGUUCAUCAUGUGCUUCUUAAGCCCACAACACAAAGUGUACUUUCAGAUGUAUCAACCUUGACUAGUGAUGGUGAUUGGAGUCAUGAAGAACGAUUAAUGUUAGAAUCGCAUUUAGUUGCAGCUACUCAAGGACCUCUUUGUCUUGAUCCAAAUCCUAUUCCUAGCUUAGCUACAACACGAUUGAAGCAGUCUAAAUCUCUGCUUACUGAUCAUCAACUUAUGAGACAAGCCAAAAAGUUUUCACAGGUUACAGUUAAUCGCAAAAGAAAAUUGGAACAAUUAGCACAACCGGAGGGACUAACAAUACAAGAUUUAAUGCAGAAAUUAAGAACAAAAAGGAGAAUAGUUACAACCACUGCCUGUCCACCGCCUUCUCUUACAAACCCUCCUUUACUUCCACCAAGUACACCUAUCGAUGUUUUAAGAUUUGCAAAAGCAUAUGAACGCCCGCGAGAAACAAAAGACUGUUUGCCACACGUUAUAGAAGAAUAUAUAUUAGAAACGGGAGGAAGUCAAGGUGAAAUAGAUCACAUAAAGCUUUCAAUUCUACAAAGACCUUCUAAUUCUGAGUACCUGGGAGAGCUUUAUAUGGAUAAGAAUCAUCGUGAAGGAGAGAAAAACGGAUCAGCGUGCCGGUUCACAUUAGGUACAAGAGUUCUGGCAAAUCAUUACAUUCAGCAAUUUACAGAAAUAUUUACGGAAGAAGGUAGAAAGAAUGUUAGAAUAAAACAUGUUGUACCAGGGCAAGUUCCUCGUGUAACAUGUACACCCGGUAUGCAGCGAGCUCAUCAACAGGUACACAUUCAAAAAGCGCAGCAAGCAAAAGCAGCACAAUUAGUUGCUCAGCACUUACAGCAAGCUCAAUCUCAACAUGUUGCGCAGCAGAUCUUAUCAAGAGCUCAAGGUCAGUUAAAUACUUUAGCUGGACAAGUAGCUUCAAUGAAAACUAUGACAGAAGCUACCACUUCUGCACAAAACAACUUGACAUGCGUAGAUGCAACAAAUAUUCCACAAGUUAUUGCCCAAAAUGAGACUACGUCAAUGAGUCCAGGGCAGUCUUUGACCAAUGGUGGAUCAAAUGCUUCCACAUCCGUACAAAUUGAUAACUCUACUAUGUCAGUUACUGAUGGCAGUUCUUGUAAUGGGUCUGGAAUUUUAGUUUUUCAGCAAAAGUCAAACAGUAACAUUAACAAUACUACAUCUACAAAUGUUCCAGUUUUGCAAGCUCAGUUGCAAGCUGGAACACAAAAUUGUGUUACAGAAACCGUUAAUCAGAAUCAAAAUGAAAUGCCGUUUAAAAAACAUUCUACCAAUCCUGCAAUAACGGCUCUUGUAACGUCUCUUAUGAAUUCUGCUCAACAAUUUCAACAGCAAGCUGCAGCAAAUGCAGCAGCUGCUGCUAUGAAUAGUAAUGCACAGACUACAAAUAAGUCAAAUAAUGCUGCGAUCCUUAGUUUGUUAAAUAGUAGCCCUGCCAAUUUGACGCAACAGAAAGUCCAACCACGAAGGAUCUCUUUGAAUGCUUCCAUCCCAUCUAGAGUUCUUAGUCAUGGAAAUGUUAUUAAUGUCCCUAAUACAACUGGUCAAGUAAGAGUGAGUUUAAGUUCAACUUUAACAGGACAAUUAAAUUGUAAACAACAACCUGUCAAAGCAACAGCUGUGAAAUUAGCUCGCGUGCAAGAUCCUACUUCAACUCUUGGAUUAUCGAUGUCAGGACUUUCAGCUUUAUUAGCAGGAACACCAUCUGCAGAUAAUCCAAUACCGGGAAUUAACUCUGGCUCUUCUCUGCUUGAGCGAUUAACUGCUUCUUCCAAUCAGAAUAAUCAAUCUACGACGCCAAUGAGUACUUCACCAUCUACCAAUGUGAACCUACAGGGUGUAAACCUUACUAGUCUGUCAAAUUCUAUCAAUGGUCUCCAAAAUGUUCAGGUAUCAUUUCCCGGACUAUCACAACCCAUUACGAUGUCGCUAAAUGUGUCAGCGACGACGGGUUCUGUUACACCUACAGGGGUCAUUGUUUCUCUACCUAUAUCAUCUGCAACUAAUACUUGCACCACGGUUUCUAGUAUGGUAGCUACUACAGUUGUUACAACAGCUAUUGCUGGAAGCACACCAACGGUAGUAAUAGCUAAUCCUGCUAAUACUCAUUUGUCAUUACCAAUUGCCCAAAUAAUACCUUCUGCAGUCAAAGGAUUAUCGCAACAAAACAUACGUAGUAGUAAUUCUGUUACCCUCGCACAGGGUGGACAAGCAAUUCAACUUGUUGGAUCUCAAAGGCCACGACUUAAUCACAUAACUCGUCAAGUACAACCAAAUCAAGUUAAAUCAACUGUUUUAUCAAAUCAAUUAGUGACUGUGGCUAAAACAGUAACAGCCAGUCAGUUAAUACUAUCUGGCAAUAAACAGGUGUUAACUCCUAUAAUGGCAGCAACGAAACCAGUGCUUAUGGCAUCCCAAACAACACCUUCUUCCCAAGUAGUACCUGCAAACAAACAAACAUUAUUGACAAAAUCCUUACAUGCUAGAGCUUCAACAGGACAGUGCAGUCAGCAAACUCAAAGUCUUGGCGUGGCAACAUUAUCACAACAACAAUUACAGAGGACUCUUGUCAAACCUGUACAACUGCAACAGUUACAGUGUUUAGCUACACAACAUAAAGUAGCGGUUGCAACAGGUAAUUCACAAAACAGAACUCAAAUUGAACCUCAAAGGAACUCUACAGCUGCUCCUGGGGAAGAUCCAGCCUGAACAUGUUCAAAUAAUUAAUAUUUCAUCACAUUUAAAUAAUUGGAGCCUGCCUAUAAGAAAUGUAAUGAGGUGUUUGUAUAUUAAGUUAAUGUGACAUUUAUAAAUUUUAAUUAUGCAUGCAAUUAUAAUUGUAAAUUAUACAAUUUUUAUUCAUGAACGAACUAUGUUUACCAACAAAGACAUAUUUUAUAAAAAUCAGCAUAGUACAUCCUUGUGCGCAUGUGCAAUAAAUUAUUUCUACAAAAAAAAAAAAAAAAAAAAAAAAAAAAAAAAAAAAAUCUGCCUCAAAAUAUUACUUUGAGGGCGGUUUCAAUUAUUGUACAUAUAACUUAUACAUAUAUGAUUUGUUUUAUAUUAAAAAAUAUAAUAAAUA